AUGUCACUUCUUUCGGUUGAUCAGCAACAAUCUGCUUGGAAAGAUUUAACGCAGCCAUUUUUUGGGACAUCGAAGGAGCUAGACCAGCAGUCGCCGGAGGUUUUAGCCUAUAACUCGCUUUUUGAGGAUUCAGAAGACCGUGACACCCCCGAGCUCAAUAUCGAAUCCUCGAGGAAAGAUCCAUUGCUGUUGGGAUCCUGCUCACAAGAAGAGCAAGUUCUUCACAAGUUUGAAUCUAAUAUGUACACUGCAUCAGACUCCCAUCAGUGGUCAAUUGACGAUAUUUUGGCAGAGUGUACACCCGAAAAAUCUUCUCUGUGGACAGGAGCUCUAAGUGAAGAAGAAAAACCAGUAGGUGACCUCAGUAGUUCCUCCUUCACCAGCCCCUCGAACUACAGUAAAUUUCAUUCAGGGUCUGACGCAGCUAUUGGGCAGGAGUACGGAGCUGCUUUCAAUAAUGACCUGUCGACCGCGGUACACAGAGAAGCAGCCCACCGAUACGAAUUCGAUGACAAAGUCAGUCCGAGUUCAAUGCUUAACAACAGAGGCCAUUCAUCUUAUCAGAAGCUUGAGACAAGUGCCAACAGUGGCAGUCUUCAGUCUCAAGCAAAACUAUUUGUGAAGCCCACCAAAAAGCCAUCGACGGGAAAAAUCCAGAAGCAAACUGCAAAAAAACCUCGCGCCAAAAGAAGUUCAAAGUUCAAUCACAGUGCCAAGAGAGCUUCCCUUGAGAAGUUAGUCGCCGAAUUGCAAUCAAAAAAUGAGAGUCGCAGUGAUGGUACAAUGGGUUUCCUGAUCAGAAAAAGCAUAUCCAAGGAGCUCAAGAUAGAGGGUUCAUGUGUCGUGCCAACUCUAAGAUUCGGGGGGACCAUGUUUGGCCAGGUUCUUCAGUACCUUGACGACCAAUGUGUCCAAUUCGAACCUGCUGGCCAGUUCAGAACAAUAUGGAACUACCAUAGAAUUGAAGACGGGCCGACAAUAACGUUAUGCUUGACUCCUUAUGAUGGUGUGGCAACCUGUGACGGUAAUAACUACCAGUUUUCAGUUAUUUCUAGACUUCUACCACACGAUUGUUUCGGCAAUCCCCAAUCUGCUAACAAGAAGAAGGCAAACAGAAUCCAAGAUGAGCUCGACAGAGAAAAGAGAGCCGACCACGGGAAAAUGUUCCGCUGGCGGCAUUUGUUGACUAGCUUUGAAUAUUUUAAACUAGUUUCGUUCAUGCUUGGUACCACCUACGAUUACAGCCUAAAUGACAACCAGUUGGGGGAGACCAGAGGCAGUGAUGGAAAGGUUAUCUCGCCCGAAAAGAGACACGAUAUGCGAACACGGUCGCACGCCAAAAUAUACUUUGAAGGGAAGGCAGUGAAAAGCGCACAUGAGUUGUUAAAUGCUGAGACAGCCGAUAGACGCAAGUCCUUUAUUGUAGGAACAUUCGGCCAGAUAAUGGGUUACACCCAUAUGAGGCCCUUUGGCUCUGAUUCAUCGCUGUCUGUCAUGGAAUUCAAAUACUUGGAAGAAGCUCUUUCCAAAGAGAUCAACUUUCAAGUCUUUCAUGCCAUAGAAUAA